UCCGCGCCAACAUGGCGGCCGUGUUGCUGCUGCUGCGCGCCCUCCGCCCGGGCCCGACGGCGGGGCCCGGGCGACUGCGGGGCUCCUGCUCCGGCCGGGGCCCAGGCCUCCCCACCGGGGUCGGGAGGAGGUGCCAGCACUUCGUCUACAGGCCUCCGGUCCGACUCGCGGGGGCCGGAGGCCCAGCCAAGCAGAGCUUGCACCUAUGCCUGCUGACCCCUGCGUGGGACAGGUUCCCAGGACCGUUGUUGAAACAGCAUCUGGUCCAGAAUCCAGCCAGACUCUGGGAACUCUUAGGUGGCACUUACUAUUUUAACACCUCCAGGAUGAGGCAGAAGACCAAGGACAGUAACAAGUCCAAGGGGAGGAGCCCUGAAGACGAGGAAGAGGAGCGGAGACGGAAGGAGAGAGAGGACCAGAUGUACCGCGAGCGGCUGCGCACCUUGUUUGUCAUCGCCGUGGUCAUGAGCCUGCUGAACGCGCUCAGCACCAGCGGGGGCAACAUUUCCUGGAACGACUUUGUCCACGAGAUGCUGGCCAAGGGCGAGGUGCAGCGGGUACAGGUGGUGCCCGAGAGCGACGUGGUGGAAGUCUAUCUGCACCCCGGGGCCGUGGUGUUCGGGCGGCCGCGGCUGGCCUUGAUGUACCGGAUGCAGGUGGCAAACAUCGACAGAUUCGAGGAGAAGCUGCGAGCUGCCGAAGACGCGCUGAACAUUGAAGGCCAGGACCGGAUCCCGGUCUCCUAUAAGCGGACGGGGUUCUUUGGAAAUGCCCUCUACGCCCUGGGGAUGACCGCAGUGGGCCUGGCCAUCCUGUGGUACGUGUUCCGACUGGCUGGGAUGACGGGAAGGGAAGGAGGACUCAGUGCCUUUAAUCAGCUGAAGAUGGCUCGUUUCACGAUUGUGGACGGCAAGACGGGGAAAGGUGUCAGCUUCAAAGAUGUAGCAGGAAUGCAUGAAGCCAAACUGGAAGUCAAAGAGUUUGUGGAUUAUCUGAAGAGCCCAGAGCGCUUCCUUCAGCUUGGUGCCAAAGUCCCAAAGGGCGCGCUGCUGCUCGGGCCCCCCGGCUGUGGGAAGACGCUUCUGGCCAAGGCGGUGGCGACAGAGGCCCGGGUGCCCUUCUUGGCAAUGGCCGGCCCGGAGUUCGUGGAGGUCAUCGGAGGCCUCGGUGCCGCGCGCGUGCGGAGCCUCUUCAGGGAAGCGCGGGCCCGGGCGCCCUGCAUCGUGUACAUUGACGAGGUGGACGCCGUGGGCAGGAAGCGCCCCACCGCCCUGUGCGGCCCCCCCAGCGCGGAGGGGGAGCAGACGCUCAACCAGCUCCUGGUGGAGAUGGACGGAAUGGGCACCACGGACCAUGUCAUCGUCCUGGCAUCCACCAACCGAGCUGACAUCUUGGACAACGCUCUGCUGAGGCCUGGCCGGCUGGAUCGCCACGUCUUCAUCGACCUUCCCACCCUGCAGGAAAGGCGGGAGAUUUUCGAGCAGCACCUGAGGAGCCUGAAGCUGACCCAGGCCAGCAGCUUUUACUCCCAGCGCCUGGCAGAGCUGACGCCGGGCUUCAGUGGUGCUGACAUCGCCAACAUCUGCAACGAGGCCGCGCUGCACGCCGCGCGAGAAGGCCACAUGUCCGUGCACACGUUCAACUUCGAGUACGCGGUGGAGCGAGUCAUUGCCGGGACCGCCAAAAAGAGCAAGAUCCUCUCCAAAGAAGAGCAGAAGGUGGUCGCGUUCCACGAGUCGGGCCACGCCGUGGUGGGCUGGCUGCUGGAGCACACCGAGGCCGUGAUGAAGGUCUCCAUCGCACCGCGGACAAACGCAGCGCUGGGCUUUGCUCAGAUGCUUCCGAGAGACCAGCACCUCUUCACCAGGGAGCAGCUGUUCGAACGGAUGUGCAUGGCCUUGGGUGGCCGUGUGUCGGAGAGCAUCUCCUUCAACAAAGUCACUUCUGGGGCUCAGGACGACCUGAGGAAGGUCACACGCAUCGCCUACUCCAUGGUGAAGCAGUUUGGGAUGGCUCCCAGCAUCGGGCCCGUGUCCUUUCCCGAGGCACAGGAGGGGCCCCCAGGAAUCGGACGGCGCCCCUUCAGCCAGGGCCUCCAGCAGAUGAUGGAUCACGAAGCCAAACUGCUGGUGGCAAAGGCCUACAGGCACACGGAGCAGGUGCUGCGGGACAACAUGGACAAGCUGCAGGCGCUGGCGAACGCCCUGUUGGAGAAGGAAGUGGUGAACUACGAGGACAUCGAGGCCCUCAUCGGCCCGCCGCCUCACGGGCCCAAGAAGAUGAUCGCGCCCCAGCGGUGGAGCGAGGCUGAGAGGGAGACGCACGACGCCGGGGAGGAGGAGGCGCCUCAGCAGCCCCCACUCCGUGGGGAAGAGCCACCUUGGCCCAAAUAGGCCGGGGAUCCCUCGACUGUGCCGGGGAUGACUGUGCUGUGGGGGGUCGGCGGCCCCCACAGACCCGGGAAGGGAGCGCCUCACUUAGCGCCCCAGCCCCACCAUUCGUCUUUUGCCCGAGGCCAAGACCGGCACCCCCCUCCCAGCCCUCCCUGGUCUCCGAAGGGCUCCCGAGGUCUAUUUAUUGAGUGCCCUCCCCGGAAGAAGUAAAGGGUUUUGCGGGUGACGUGGCUUUGUUAGCUGGUUUUCCCCCGCGGGUGCAGGUGCGCGUGUAGAUCCGCGUUCCCAGGCCGGUGGCACCGUGGCUUGUGGGCACCGGCUGGAUCCAGGGGCAGUGCAGCCGUGGGGCCCGAGCAGCUUCUCCCGUGGAGUUCGUGCAGGGGCGUCCCCAGCUGCUCCGACUUCACUGGAGCGCUAACAGGACCCGAGCCAACCACCGCCUGGUCUCUCUGCUGGGCCCGAGCUGCUGGCACGCGUAGGCCGUCAGCACCGGGGACGGGCCCUGGGCUCUCGAGCGUUACAACACUGCCCCCUACUGCUGCGCUGAUCAGGGCACCAGAGCCUCUCCCGGCUGGCGUGGCCUCCGCCCGGGGGAGGGGCGGGGGGGGGCGGGGGGGGGGGAGGCUGGGCCUGCUCUGGCGCCUUGUAGUAAGUUUCAUGGGCAGAGAGUCCCAUCUCGUGCCACACGCCCAGCUCGAGCCCAGACACGGGAUCGUGCAUUGCGGUUUAGAAUUUCAGCCACAAGAUGAGCAACGGCGGAGUGCCCUUGUAGGAAUCUGGUGUGAAGGCCCCGGGACGGCCCCUCACCGCAGCGAGUGUGUGCCCAGGGGUGUGCCGCACGCGCUCACGCAUCUCCACCUGCUGCUCCCCCUGCGUUUGCCCGCCCCACACAGUGUGUUCAGCCGUGGAUUACAGCCACUUCCUGACAGUAGUUCCGCUGCCCAAUCCACAAUGACCGGCCUGAGGAGACGCGGUAUGUGAGCAGGUGCAGGUCACACCCAAGGGAGGGCAGCUCUGAGGGGAGCUUCUGCCUUUGCCCCAGUUCCCCAAAUUCAUUUCCAAAGAUGGGUAUGCAGUUCGGAGGGUUCUGGUGUCCCUGCCCCAGGGUAUCACCCUCCGUACCGUAACCGUGGAUGUGGCCAGGCUUAUCCCCUGGCACUUUACCAUUAAAUUGGCCCGUGCCUGUUUGUUUA